AGUGGAGAGAAGACGUUCCCAGACCAGUCAGUGGCUUCAUGGAGUUCUGUACCUCUGAUCCGCCGCCAUGGAUUGCAAUCCGCGAUCACUCAUUUUCAUUUUACACCUUAUGUCCUGCGUUCUCCCUGCUUUCCUCAUAAUCUAUCCUCCAAAUGAAGUUAACCUGUUAGACUCUAAAGCAAGCCAAGGGGAGUUAGGAUGGAUUUCCUACCCAUCCCAUGGGUGGAGGGAAAAUUGGGAGGAGAUCAGUGGUGUGGACGAGCACUACACCCCCAUCAGAACCUUCCAGGUCUGCAAUGUGAUGGAGUACAGCCAGAACAACUGGCUUCGCACCAACUGGAUCCCUCGCCAGUCGGCGCAGAAGAUCUACGUGGAGUUGAAGUUUACGCUGCGGGACUGCAACUCCAUCCCGCUGGUCCUUGGCACAUGCAAAGAGACCUUCAACCUCCUCUAUCUGGAGACAGAUGAUGACCAGGGGAGCCACUUUAGGGAGCAUCAAUUCCUAAAGAUCGAUACCAUAGCCGCUGAUGAGAGCUUUACCCAAACGGACCUCGGAGAUCGCAUCCUCAAACUCAACACUGAGGUGCGAGAGGUAGGCCCCUUGAGCAAGAAGGGCUUCUACCUGGCAUUCCAGGAUGUGGGUGCCUGUGUGGCUUUAGUUUCAGUCAGGGUUUACUUUAAAAAGUGUCCACAAACUGUGAGGAAUUUGGCCUCCUUCCCCGAUACUGUGCCAAUGGACUCCCAGUCCCUGGUUGAGGUCAAAGGCUUGUGUGUCAAUUACUCGAAAGAGGAGGAACCCCCAAGAAUGUACUGUAGCACAGAAGGGGAGUGGCUUGUGCCUAUUGGAAAGUGUCUGUGUAACCCAGGAUAUGAGGAGAGAAGCAGCACCUGUCAAAUGUGCAGGGCAGGCUUCUACAAAUCUACCCACGGCAACAUGGAGUGUUCAAAGUGUCCGCCUCAUAGCUUCUCCCACCAUGAGGGGUCAUUACACUGUGCCUGUGAGAAAAAUUACUUUCGGGCUGAGGGAGACUCUGCUUCCAUGGCAUGUACACGACCCCCCUCAUCCCCCCGUAAUGUGAUAUCCUCCAUCAAUGAGACCUCAGUCAUCCUGGACUGGAGCUGGCCAGAGGACACAGGAGGACGCAGGGAUAUAAUUUUUAAUGUUCUUUGCAAACGAUGCCAGGGUAUCGCUGCCAAUGGGAGCACCAGUGGGACCCUUCGUUGCGAGCCUUGUCGGAGCAACGUCCGCUUUUUGCCAAGAGCAACGGGCCUCCGCAAUACUACCGUAACCGUGGCUGACCUGUUGGCUCAUACUAAUUACACCUUCGAGAUUGAAGCACAGAAUGGCGUAUCAUCACUGGCACCUCAAAUGAGGCAAUAUGCUGCUGUCACCAUUACCACCAAUCAAGCAGCUCCCUCUCCAGUAACUGUGAUCCGAAAGGAGAAGACAUCUCGAAACAGUGUCUCUCUGUCCUGGCGGGAACCAGACAGACCCAACGGCAUCAUCCUGGACUAUGAGAUUAAAUACUACGAAAAGGAAGAGCAAGAGACCAGCUACACCAUCCUCCGAGCUAAAGGUUGUAAUGUGACCCUGAAUGGUCUGAAGCCCAAUACAGCUUACCUACUCCAGAUCAGAGCGCGCACUGCAGCUGGAUACGGAGCCACCAGUCCCAGUUUCCAGUUUGAAACCAGUCCUGACUCUGCCUUCUCGAUCUCCAGUGAGAACAGCCAGGUUGUUUUAAUUGCCAUUUCCUGUGCAGUGGCCAUCAUACUGCUCACCGUGUUGCUGUACGUCCUCAUUGGCAGGUUUUGUUGCCGCAGCAAAUCCAAACAUCCUGAUGAGAAAAGACUUCACUUUGGCAAUGGGCACUUGCGCCUGCCAGGUAUCAGAACGUACGUGGACCCCCACACAUACGAGGACCCAAGCCAGGCUGUUCAUGAGUUUGCCAAGGAGCUUGAUGCGUCCUGCAUUGCUAUUGAUAAAGUAGUUGGAGCAGGUGAAUUUGGAGAGGUUUGCAGUGGUCGUCUGAAGCUGCCCAGCAAGAAGGAGAUAUGUGUGGCCAUCAAAACUCUUAAAGGUGGUUACACAGACAAACAGAGGCGGGAUUUCCUUGCUGAAGCAUCAAUCAUGGGACAGUUUGAUCACCCAAAUAUCAUCAGGCUGGAGGGUGUAGUGACACGCAGUAAACCUGUCAUGAUCGUCACUGAAUACAUGGAGAACGGAUCCCUCGAUAGCUUCUUAAGAAAACAUGAUGCCCAGUUUACAGGAAUCCAGCUGGUCGGCAUGCUGCGUGGUAUCGCCUCGGGCAUGAAGUAUUUGUCAGACAUGGGUUAUGUUCACCGAGACCUGGCAGCACGGAACAUUCUGGUCAACAGCAAUCUGGUGUGCAAAGUGUCAGACUUUGGCUUGUCCAGAGUGCUGGAGGACGACCCAGAGGCUGCUUACACCACCAGGGGAGGGAAAAUCCCUAUCCGAUGGACAGCCCCAGAGGCAAUUGCCUACAGGAAGUUUACAUCAGCCAGCGAUGCUUGGAGUUAUGGCAUCGUCCUCUGGGAGGUGAUGUCAUAUGGAGAGCGGCCAUACUGGGAGAUGUCCAACCAGGAUGUAAUAAAAGCCGUAGAUGAGGGUUACCGUCUGCCACCACCCAUGGACUGCCCUGCCACACUAUAUCAGCUAAUGUUGGACUGCUGGCAGAAGGAGCGGAAUAACCGACCCAAGUUUGAACAAAUCGUCAGCAUCCUGGACAAACUUAUCCGGAACCCCUGCAGCCUCAAAAUCACAGCCAACACUACAUCCAGACCUGCAAACUUGCUUUUGGACAGAAGCAGUUUGGAAGUUCCCUCAAUGGGGACGAUGGGUGACUGGAUGGAUGCCAUGAGAACAUUGCCUUGCAAGGAGGCCUUCUCUGGGGUCAGCUACAGCUCCUGCGACACCCUGGCUAAGACCUCUACAGAUAGAGUGGUUCUGACGGAGGUCCACAUCACUCCAGCCACAUGCCCAGAAUGGGAGCCAUCCAUGGGAAUCACCACCCUCUAACGUCCAACUCCUCUCCACCUUAAACAGGCUCUGGAUGGGAUCUGAAAAAGGUUGGAGUGACAAUUGCAGGACCCACGAAGAAGAUUGUCAGCAGCCUGAAAGCCCUAGAAUCCCAUACCAAGAACGGCCCAGUACCUGUUUAAAACAAUAACAAGAAAUGAAAACCACCAGAGACUUUUCUGUUGGCCUGCAUUGACACACUCUAACACAGUGGCUACAUAUUUAAAUAAUAUGGAGAUGAAAAAAGAUGGAGAAAAAAAACAGAUAUGUCUCAUAAGAUGUUUUCACUGAUUGUCGAAAGCUUUCUAAAUGAGGGGUCGGAAAGCGUUCAGAAUCAACCUGCCACUUGUGAACUAGUUGACUCCACCCUCUCCCUACAUGCCCAUGUUCAAGAUGCCUUACUGACUUAUAAAGAGAGAAGAUAAAUGGAAAGGUAAGGAGAUCAGAAAGAAAUGAUCAGGGACCAAAACCUGGUCAAUAUUGGAAAACAGGGCAGGGAUUAAGAGAAUGCUGGAGCUGUCCUUGACCUACGUCAGCCUCUGAGGGAGGUGGAAAAACAGCUGAAACGCCAUGUGUACAAGAGCAUGGCAGGCAACCUCAACUGACUUGUGUGGGAACUUCUCCCGCAUUGAUUAAGUCUGAGGCUGGAACAUUAGUUGCAGCUACCUAUGUUUAAUACUCAGUCCAAGACAGGGACUCCCUCAUAUGGACUCACUUUGACAUUAACUGUUUUAAUCCUUAUCUCUAACAUAGAGCAUUUGCAUUCAGUGGACAUGCUGCUAAAAGCAAUAAGGUUAUAAUCUAUCAAACUCAUUCAUUGUGGUGAAGCCAUGGUUAUGUCACAUGUGUAAUGUAUUAAAUACUGUGCUUUGAAGGCAAAGUGGCCAUAAAACACUGCACACCCAGAAGUUUCAUUAUUUAUGACACCAUUGUUCUUUGUGCUGUUCUUGCAAACUAUACCAUACCACACCACCUUUGUAUGGAUUCUCAGGAUGUCUAUACCCUGUUUUCCCCUACAAAAACAAAUCAGUAGAUAGCUGGGGGGAUUGUGAUCAAAUGUAUUAAGGUAAGAAAAAAAGACAUGUUUCGAUCAAAACAAAUGCAAGGAAGUGAGUUGUCAGUUUUUGGUAAUUUCUCCCUUCCCCAAUGCCAUACCUUUUUAGUUGUGAUUGUUUAAAACCUGACUGUUCUGGGUACACAGUUGCAUUACAGUAUUUGAUGCAGGAUACUUUGCACCGACCCACCUUCUUCAAGUAAUGUAAACUAGUCAAACAUUUUGUUGCUACUUUUAAAACUGUUUAAAAAAAACUUUCAAAACUUCAGUUAAUAAUAGGGCUUUCUUAGAUCUACAGUAUUGUGGUCUGUCCUGGGCUCUUGUUUGUCAAACUUGACCAAAUUUGGCAUAAGAACAGAAAUAAAUGGAACCUCCCUGUGAUACAAAGUUCAUAAAUUAAUAAAAAAAAAUAAUAGUAGUUAUGCAGUAUAUAUUUCCAUUGUUUAAUGAAAGGUUGACAAACUAAGUAAUGGUUAAUGGACAACAACUUUGUUUAUAAAUACCAACUGGACCUGGAAAGGGUCUAAAUAGUAAUGGUAACAAUGGGGGUAGAAAUUGGCAUAGGGUUGAAGUGAGUCAGAAUUUAAUAAUCUAAAAGUAAAGUUAAUGUGACGCAAUGUUUUAAAGUAUGACUCUGAGAUUAAGUUUGCACCAUCAGUCCAUUUACUCAGCAGAUGUUUCUUGGUUGGUCACAGGGUGGUCAGUCUUAUGUUUUCAGACACAGCUCACUGAUUAAAGCAAUGUAAAAAAAAAAAACUUUUGUCAUUUUCAUUUAAAUUCAUUUGUUUACUGGAAAAUGUAGAAAACUAACUUCUAACUAAUGAAUCUUGUUCUUUUUUCCAAGCAAAGAUUAGAGUGCCUCCUGUUGUUGAGCUUGAUCAUGGUUGGAUCACCAAGGAAACGCUUUUUUUAUGUGAUUAAGUAUUUCUUGUGUUCAUCAUCAAUUACCCCAGUCUCAGUAUGCCCUGAUAAUAAUGCAAUACAUCCAAUAAACUAUUGAAAUUAUUGCUUUCUAAGAUAGUAACCUAAUAUGCCACUUGUACAUCAUGGGAUUUCCUAAAGGCACCUUAAAAUAUCUUUGUAAACGGAAGAAAAUAUUUAACAAUGCUAGUCUCCUGCUUUGAUGUCACCCAGCUGGUCCCUCAGUGCAACACUUACCCAGUAUUUUUGAACUGGCACUUUGGUACUUUGUGCUCUUGGACGUGUGAUAUUUACUAUAAAGAUGCUGUCUUUAUGCCUCUUUAAGCACUUGGUACACAUUACUGUAGCACUUUGAAUGACAACGUUUUUGCCUUGGCUGUAGACUAAGCUUGAUUAAAGCACAUGGGUGCUGUUGGUGCUUUUGGGAAACCCAGCCCUGUUAAGUCUGUUAAGUUCUGUCUUCCUUUACUCUGUCUACCUUUGGAAGCUGCUGUUGCUGAUGUGUGUUUUGAAAUUAGCAUGUACAUAAUGUAAAACCAUCAUAAAGAAAGCAACUAGCACUCCAGAUUUCACUAUAUAUGUGGCCAUCCAUUUUUUGUACAAAGUUUGUAUGUAUAAACGAUUGAAUAAAAUUUGUGCAACAUUUUUAAUUAAAAUUAAGGAAAAAAAAUCAUCUGUAUUAUAUUUUAUCUUACUUUGAAUCAUACUUGUUAGCUUUUUCUACAAUAAAAGACAAUUAUGAUUACAUUAUUUAUUUGUUAACUUCAUACAAUGCAUUGAUUUCUUUUUGUAGUGUAGAUUAAAUUAUGUGUCUGUGAUGUCUUUGUUAUGAAUUCUAACAAACCCAAGACAUCUAAGAGAGCAAUACUGUCAUGGACCCUAUACAGAUCCCUAAUUUUAUGUCUAAAGACUGACAUGUGUGUCUGUGUGAGAGUUUGUUUGCAAAUGUAGAUUGCCUUGUCUACUAAUGUAAAAUGGUUUGUAGUGAAAACAUUUAUAUUUUUAUAAUAAA